AUGGCCGAGCUCGAGGUCAACAAGGCCAGAGAGCUGGCUGCCAUCGAGUCCAAGAAGUUCUCGGAGAUCGUCGACGCCAUCGGUGCCGACACCAUCGCCUCGAUCGCCCAGGCCGGUCCCGAGAUGCAGGCCAAGCUGCUCCAGGGCCUGGGCCUCAAGAGCCUCAUGAUCACCGACGGCUCGUCGCCCAUCAACCUCUUCAACACCGCCUCUGGCCUCAUCGCCCAGCACCAGUAA